UCAAGGUUUUUUUUUUUUUUUCUGCUGCUUAGUAAGCAUGGAUCAUCAUAGAAUCUUCUGAUUGGCUCUUCAUGAGUCUGGUCAUUGGAUUUAUUUGUCCAUAUCCAGUUUGAUAAUUCCAAUGACGACUCUUGUUUGGUCCGGAUGUUGAAAUGAUGGGUGAGCUGAAAUUCGGUUCCUCCAGAUUAGUGCAGAAUACGUCUUCUUGUAAAUGAAGUGAUCAAAUAAAGACCUUGCUUGUCUCGGCUCUACCAUAUUAGCGUCUGUCCAUCUCUUUCCUGCGGAUCAUCUCCAAAGAAAGAUGGCAUCAAUUCCUUCCCGUGUAUGGCCUUCUGCACUGCUGUCAAUCGUUUUAGUUGCUUUUUGCGGAUUAGCAGAUUGCUUUGAUCCCUUGGAUCCAAAUGGAAACAUUACCGUUACUUUCGACAUUCACCAAUGGACAACUGAUGGCUAUGUGGCAAGGGUUACUACCCAGAACUACUAUCAGUAUCGCCAUGUGGACAAACCUGGGUGGAAACUAGGGUGGACUUGGGCCAUGAAUGAAGUGAUAUGGUCAAUGAGUGGUGCCUUUGCCACAGAGCAAGGCAAUUGCUCAUCCUUCAAAUACCAGGUACCACACUCCUGCAAGAAAGACCCUACCAUAGCUGAUCUCAUGCCAGGAGCCUUACCACAAAACAAGUCGGAGGAUUGCUGCCGUGGUGGUCUUCUUUCUGCUUGGGCAAUCAACCCUGCCGCGUCAUUCUCUUCCUUUGAAAUUACAGUUGGCAACAUAGGGGAAAAUACUUAUGUGCAAGCGCCUCUAAAUCUUACUUUAAUGGCACCAGGUCCUGGUUACACCUGUAGCCCAGUUUUGGACACUGAUCCCACAGUUUCUUCAGAUAUUGGGGGUAGAAGACAAGUUCAGGUUUUCAGAACUUGGCGAUCAACAUGCACUUACUCGAGCUUUUUGGCAAACAAAACUCCAGUCUGCUGUGUUUCACUUUCCACAUUUUACAAUCCCACCAUCACAUCAUGCCCCAAGUGCAGCUGUGGAUGCAAAGAUGCAGACAAAAGAACAGAAUCAUGCAUAAGCCAUACCGGAGAAGUUGACCGCUCAUCAAGCCUGGAUUUGGAUGACGUAGUUCAAUGCACUGAUCACAUGUGCCCGGUUCAAGUCCAUUGGCAUAUUAAGAACAAUUAUAUGAAUCAGUGGAGGGUGAAACUGACAAUUUCUAACUACAACUAUAGAAGAAACUUCUCAGACUGGAAUGUGCUGGUUCAGCAUCCUGGUUUCAGCCAACAAGCAAAAACAUACAGUUUCAACAAUAAAAUGCUUCCCACGCUUGGGUUUGGAGAUGAAGUUGCUCUCCUUUGGGGGUUAGAGUUCUACAAUACUGAACUGUUACAUGCUGAUGAGGAUCAACUGGGUUCAGUGAACACGGAGAUACUUUUGAACAAGGAUUCUCACUCCUUUACACUAAGCAAUGGAUGGGCUUUCCCAAGAAGAAUAUACUUCAAUGGUGAAAACUGUGAAAUGCCUCUCCCGGACACUUUCCCAAUGCUUCCAAAUGGUGGCUGCAGCUCAAGACCGAGUUACUACCAAAUCAUUCUUCUGAUAUUCUUUACUUUCGUAACACUAGCAACUUGGCUUUGAUCAAUAAAAUUCAAACACUAUUCGAUUUUAUUUCUUGAAAAUUUUUUAAUUACCAAAUGGUUGAUGAUGUACUAUAUGUAUGCGUCAGAGUCUACAUGA